AUGGAUUUGACUAUCUUAAUAUUUAUAACCUUGUUUGUCGUGGCCUGUUUCUCCUUAUUUUUAGUCUACAAAUUCGGAAUUAAAGAAAAAAGUUAUGAAGAAGCCUUAGCUGAACAACGUCAGCAAACUAGUACUUUGUUGCAAAAGUCCAAGCACAAGGAAAAGAAAAAUAAGAAAACCACAAAAAAGCCUAAGGAGAAGAUGGAGAAAAGUGAAGUAGAAGGGAUGGAUAAUAAUGAAAAUAAAGAAAACACUCUCCCAACUAAACCUCAUGUUGAAUUUAAAGAAGAAGCUGAAGAAGUAUCUGUCAAUAAUGAACUGAACAUACCUAUUGUUAAAGAGGCAACAAAACCGAAAAAGAUUAAAAAAAUUCGUCCCAUAUUGAUAAAUAAAAAAGAAAAGUCUACUGUGAACCCCAUUCUAGAAGUUGUUGAAAUCCCAAUUGCAAAUCAUUUCGAGGAACAUCCUCCCAAAGAUGACUUUGAGUUAUUGAGGGCUAAUAGUAGAGAAGAUAUUUUCAAACAAGACCCCGUGAAAUCAAAGACAACCAAGGACAAGAAACAAAAUCAAGAACCUCACGUUAUUGCAAAUAAAAAUAAAAAAAAUAACAAACCCAUAGUAGAUAUUCCCAAAAGUGAACCAAACUUAACUCUUGUACCUCCUCCCGAACAAAAAGUAGUGAUUGAAGUUAUUCCAGCUGUCGCUGUGCCACAAACCAAUGGAGUCGUUGUUAAUACUGGCAAGGAAAAGAAGAAAAAGAAAAGUGAAUUUAAUACAAAACAGCAGUUAACCGCAGAAAGAGAUGAACUCAUAAAUUCGGUGCGUAAAGCUGAAUUGUCUAAGACUGAAGCUGAAUUGUCUAAGACUGAGAUUCAAUUGCUCAUUGAUCUGUUACUCAACAAGCAGCUUGAGGCGCCAGCUGUCAUUGAUGAAUGGAGUGAGGGCAAAUCAGAUCCCAUACAAAAAUUGAAGAAACAAUUGGCCGAAAAAGAAAAACUGCUAGCACAAGAACAAGAGGCUCUCCUUGGGGCCCAAGCAAAACUAAGGGAAAUCCGUUCGGAACAACAAUCUGAAAAGGUACAAUUACAGCAAAAAAUUCGAAGUCUCGAAGAAAUGGUUCAGGCUAAGCAAAUCGAAAUUCAAGCUGCGAAUAAUCGAUUCCAGGUCAACGGACAGAAAAUUCAACAGUUGCAGGCGGAACUUAAUGCGGAAACUUUGACGGCCCACAAAGCUAUGGAAGAGAAUUCCGCGCUACAAAUGCAAAUCAAACAGUAUGAAGUGAGCCUUUCUCAAAUUCAGGAUACGGACAAAAUUAUUGGAAAGCUAAGAUUAGAUAUCGAUGAACUUUCCACUCAAAAUCAACAACUACAACAAACGAUUGCAGAAAAAGAUCACCAAUAUCAACAUACUUUGAUUCAAAUGGGCGGUCUGGAAAAAGGAUAUAAAGAAUCGCAUCAGGAAUUGGAGAGAAAUUUAGAGACUCAAUUAAGGCAAGAAAGUGAAUGGAAACGUGAAAUUACUAAUCUGAAUUCCGCUCUACAGAAACAAUUUGAAGAACAACGUAACUUGGAACACACUUUGGCGCAGCUGGAUGAACAGUUACGACUUAGUAAUAACGAAAGGUCGCAGCUAAAAUCUGAACUGCAACAAGCCAAGGACGAGGUGAAUCGUUUAGCCAAUUUAUCAGAUGGAAAGAACAACAACCGUGAAGUGGAAAUAUUGAAUUUGAGUAAUGAGCUAUCGUCAACUAGAAUCGAACUGACAUCUAGGAUUGAAGAACUGCAACAAAUCGAGAAGAAAUAUAAAAUAGAAUUAGAAACAUCGAACAAAAAAUAUUUAAUGGUGCAAAAAGAUUUGGCAGAUCAGAAACUGCAGAUUAGUAAAAUAACAUUAGAAAUAAUCCCUAAACAACUGGAGUCUCAUAAACAAUUUAUGCAACGACUUUUUCCCGAGAUUGAAGACCUCAAAGCUGUUAAUUCGGACGAUUGGCAAGACAAAUAUGCUCAAUUGAUCAACAACUAUGUCAGUAAACUUAAAGAAAGGCAAAAACAAAAUUCAUCACCAGCAUCAUCACCAACAUCAUCCCCUCAGAAAAGUUCAGAAGUAGCAAAAUUGCAAUCACAACUUCUGCACUAUAAAAACAUAAUCGAUGAUACGGAAGGAAUGUUAAAUAAGUUACAAAAACAUGUAGAACAAGAAGAAAUGAAUUGGAGGAGUCAGUUAGCUGCGAAAGAGGCAGAAUUGGAUCAUUUAAAAGAAAGUCGUAUAUCCCAGUUAGAAACGAAGCUUAUACAUGUAGAAAAUAAUUUAUCAAAAGAAAUAGAAGAGUGCCAAUUGUUAAAAUCGCAGCAACCACGUAAUGGUGGUGACAGUGAUUCUCUAGCGACUGUAGAAAAACUGUCUGAAGAAGUAAUUCAUUUAAGGCAACAGCUUAGGGAAGAACAAACUAAAAAUGGAGAAAUUGGAGUUUGUCUGAAAACACAAAAUUGUAAUAACUCAACAAAUGGUCCAGCUUUUAUAGAGCACUGUAUGUCAUCGUCUUCUAGUAUUGCUUCUUCGCUUAUUGAAGAGUAUAAAAAACCAAAGAAUAAAAAACGAAAGAAGAAGGUACCAAGUAUAAGAAAAGCUACCAUUUGUUCAAAUAUGGGGUGUCAGUUUUUGUACUGUGAUGGUAAUAGCUGCGGUAACAAUAUUUAG